AUGGCCUACGACUUCGCAGAAAAUAAUGCCACCGAUAGCUCCAGGACGAGUGACGACCUCAAAGGGUCUGGCUCUGAUUCUUUACAUAUGGAAACUAUAGGAACUCUCGAGCACUCUGGGAACCUAGAGGCCAUCCAAACGGUGUCUACAGGCGGACAUUUCCCCAAAGACAGAACAUGGGAUAAUGAGUCCCCCUAUAACCCCAGCAACUGGCCCCAUUGGAAGAAGAACGCGCAGAUCUGGAUGGUUUCUUUUCAUUCGAUGAUGGGCACAUUCAUGGCAGCUGGCAUUGUCCCUGCCUAUGAUAUCUUUGCGGAAACAUAUGGCAUUGCGGUGCAGGAUGCAAGCUACCUGACAUCACUCCAGAUCCUCCUACUCGGUGUAUCCCCGCUAGUCUGGAACCCAGUCACCGCAAUCUACGGCCGGUACCCCGUCUCCCUCCUUUCAGUCUUCGGCAGCAUGAUCUGCAACAUCGGUGGCGCUCGAUGCCGCUCCUACGGCGGCCAAAUGGCCACGCGGGUUCUCACAGCCAUCCUCAUCUCGCCCACAAUCGGCAACGGCAGCGGCGUCAUCGCCGAGCUCGCAGAGCCCGAGCAUCGCGGCAAGAAACUCGGUUGGUGGACGCUCCUCACCACCCUAGGCGUUGCCGUAGGGCCCUUCCUCAUGGGCUUCGUGACCAAGCAUAUCGGUGCCGACUGGAUCUUCUGGAUCUUCGCCAUUGUCAACUUCGCCCAGCUCGUGCUGUACAUCGCCAUCGGCGACGAAACAAUCUAUAACCCGCACCACGAGCGCAAGAUCACCGGGUUCUGGGGCAAGUUCGUUCCAAGGAAGAUUUCCUCUCAUUCUCUGAAGGUGAAGGAUAUCUUCCUCCCCUUUACGUUGGUGCAGUAUCCGCGCGUGGCUAUUGCAUCCUUUGCACUCGCCAUCUGCUUCGCCUACGCCAACGUCGCAAUCAGCGUCGAAAUGCCCUCCAUAUUCGGCGGCAAGUUCGGCUUCGACGCGCAGCAGAUCGGGCUGCAGUUCAUCCCUGUCAUUAUUGGGUGCGUGCUGGGUGAACAGCUCAGCGGGCCCAUGUGUGAUUGGUUCCUAGGCCGGGUGCGCAAGGCCAAGGGGGAUUCCUGCCCUGCUGACCGGUUGUGGCUUGCGUAUAUUGCCUUUGGCACUGUCAUUGCGGGCCUCUUGACCUGGGGGUUCCAGCUGGAGAAGGCGAAAAGCUGGAACGUCACGCCGCUUGUUGGUGUUGCUAUUGCGAGUUUUGGGAACCAGAUGCAGACGACCAUUUUGACGACUUUUGCUGUUGAAAGUAAACGGGAGCGUGCGAGUCAGGUUGGUGUUUUUGUUAAUGUUUGUCGGCAGGUUUACUGUUUUGUCGGGCCGUUCUACUUCACGCCCAUGUUCGACACGCUGGGGCUAGCUGUGUCCGCUGGGAUAUUUGUGGCAAUUAUCGGUGGCUGCUCUCUGAUUCCGAUCAUGGCAAUCCAGUUUGUUGCUACUCGCGCUGAUCGGCCUUGA